AUGUCAUUCGUGAAAGAACUUGCCAAGAUUUUCAUUUUACCUGGGUUUGGUUUAAUUUCUCAUAUAAUUUGUAAUGAAAAAAAAGAAACUUUUAGACGAAUAGGAAUAAGUUCUAUCGGUUUAUUAGGUUUUAUUGUUCGAGCUCUUCAAAUAUUUACUGUUGGGAUUGAUGUAGAUACUCGUGCUUAUUUUACUUCAGCAACAAUAAUUAUUGCUGUACCAAGUAGUAUUAAAAUUUUUAGGUGAUUAGCGACUAUAAAUAGUAUAAAAAUUUAAUUUUCUGUAAUUAAUUUAUGAUUAUUAGGAUUUAUUUUUUCAUUUACUAUUGGUGGAUUAACAGAAAUUAUUUUAUCUAAUUCUUCAAUUGAUUUUUUUUUACAUGAUACAUAUUAUAUAGUUGCUAAUUUUCAAUAUUUUGUUAGGUGCAGUAUUUGCAUUUUUGGAAGAUUUAUUAAUUGCUAUACCUUAUUUGCUGGUUUAAGUAUAAAUCAAUACUGAUUAAAAAUUCAAUUUUUUAAAAUUAUAUUAGAAUUAAAAAUUACUUGA